AAGAAACACGGCUGUGUCAUAGAGACAGCUUCUUUUGUUUCAGGUGUCUACAGGUGGAGGAAGUCCCCUCAGGGGUGAGCUGCAGAUAUGAGUUCGGAUGCUGAGAUGAGAGUUUUUGGGGAGGCGGCCCCGUACCUGAGGAGACCGGAACGAGAGAGGAUCGAAUCGCAGAACCGACCGUUUGACGCCAAGAGCGCCGUGUUUGUGAUGGAUCCAAAGGAGCUGUUUCUGAAAGGAACUCUGCAGAGCAAAGAGGGCGGCCAAGCCACCGUCAAAACCGAUGCAGGGCAGGUCGUUACUGUGAAGGAUGACGAAAUCUUCCCCAUGAACCCUCCAAAGUUCGAUAAGAUCGAGGACAUGGCCAUGAUGACGCACCUGAACGAGGCCGCCGUGCUGUACAACCUCAAAGAGCGUUACGCAGCGUGGAUGAUCUAUACGUACUCUGGUCUGUUCUGCGUCACUGUGAACCCGUAUAAGUGGCUCCCGGUCUACAACCAGGAGGUGGUGGUGGCCUACAGGGGCAAAAAGCGCCAGGAGGCUCCUCCGCACAUCUUCUCCAUCUCUGACAACGCCUAUCAGUUCAUGCUCACCGACCGAGAGAAUCAGUCCGUCCUGAUCACUGGAGAAUCUGGUGCAGGAAAGACUGUCAACACCAAGCGGGUCAUCCAGUACUUUGCGACAAUCGCAGGGUCCAGCGAGAAGAAGAAAGAUGCUGCUGCCGCCGGAAAACUACAGGGGAAUCUGGAGGAUCAGAUCAUCUCUGCAAACCCUCUGCUGGAGGCUUUUGGAAACGCCAAAACUGUCAGAAACGACAACUCGUCGCGUUUUGGUAAAUUCAUCAGAAUCCACUUUGGAACGACAGGAAAACUGUCGUCUGCUGACAUAGAAACUUACUUGUUGGAAAAAUCCAGAGUGACGUUUCAGCUGUCUGCAGAGAGGAGUUAUCACAUCUUCUACCAGAUCAUGUCCAACAAGAAGCCCGAGCUGAUCGAGACUCUCCUCAUCACCACAAACCCGUAUGAUUACCCGUUUGUCAGUCAGGGGGAGAUCAGCGUGGCGAGUAUUGACGACAGCGACGAGCUGAUGGCCACGGACAGUGCUAUCGACACCCUGGGCUUCACCGGAGAGGAGAGGAUCGGCAUCUACAAGCUGACAGGAGCUGUGAUGCAUUAUGGGAACAUGAAGUUCAAGCAGAAGCAGAGGGAGGAGCAGGCGGAGCCAGACGGCACAGAGGUGGCUGAUAAAGCAGCUUACCUGAUGGGCCUGAACUCUGCAGACCUGCUCAAAGCUCUGUGUUACCCCCGGGUGAAGGUCGGGAACGAGUACGUGACCAAAAGCCAGACUUUGCAGCAGGUCUACAACUCCAUCGGUGCUUUGGCCAAAUCGGUGUAUGAGAAGAUGUUCGUGUGGAUGGUCCUCCGCAUUAAUCAGAUGCUGGACACCAAACAACCCCGACAGUUCUUCAUCGGAGUCCUGGACAUCGCCGGCUUUGAAAUCUUUGAUUACAACAGUCUGGAACAGCUGUGCAUCAAUUUCACCAACGAGAAGCUGCAACAGUUUUUCAACCAUCACAUGUUUGUUCUGGAGCAAGAGGAGUACAAGAAGGAGGGCAUCGAGUGGGAGUUCAUCGACUUUGGGAUGGACCUCGCCGCGUGCAUCGAGCUCAUCGAAAAGCCGAUGGGGAUCUUCUCCAUCCUUGAAGAGGAGUGUAUGUUCCCCAAGGCUUCAGACACCACCUUCAAGAACAAACUGUACGACCAACACCUGGGGAAAUCCAACAACUUCCAGAAACCCAAACCCGUCAAAGGCAAAGCCGAGGCUCAUUUCUCUCUGGUCCAUUACGCCGGCACCGUGGACUACAGCAUCACGGGCUGGUUAGACAAGAACAAGGACCCGCUGAACGAGACCGUGGUCCAGCUCUACCAGAAGGCCAGCCUCAAACUGCUGGCCUUCCUCUACAUUUCCUACUCCUCAGUUGAUGAUGCUGCAGGCGGGGGAGGUGCAAAGAAAGCCGCAAAGAAGAAGGGCUCGUCCUUCCAGACUGUGUCGGCCCUCUUCAGGGAGAAUCUGGGGAAGUUAAUGACGAACCUCCGCUGCACACAUCCUCAUUUUGUCCGCUGUUUGAUCCCAAACGAGACUAAAACUCCAGGUAUUAUGGACCACCACCUGGUCAUCCACCAGCUGAGGUGUAACGGCGUGCUGGAAGGAAUCCGGAUCUGCAGGAAAGGCUUCCCCAGCAGGAUCCUGUACGGGGACUUCAAGCAGAGGUACAAAGUACUGAAUGCGAGCGUGAUCCCAGAGGGACAAUUCAUCGACAACAAAAAGGCUGCGGAGAAACUCCUGGGCUCCAUCGAUGUCGAUCACACUCAGUAUAAGUUUGGCCACACCAAGGUGUUCUUCAAAGCGGGACUCCUGGGUCUGCUGGAGGAGAUGAGGGACGAGAGGCUGGCCUCUCUCAUCACCAUCACGCAGGCUCUGUGCAGAGGCUUCCUCAAGAGGAAGGAGUUACAGAAUAUGAUGGAGAGGAGAGAGUCCAUCUACAUCGUCCAGUACAACAUCCGCUCCUUCAUGAACGUCAAACACUGGCCGUGGAUGAAGCUCUACUUUAAGAUCAAGCCGCUGCUGAGGAGCGCCGAGACCGAGAAGGAGAUGGCCAACAUGAAGGUGGAGUUCGCCAAAUGUAAGGAGGAUUUAGCCAAAUCCGAGGCCAAGAGGAAGGAACUGGAGGCCAAAAUGGUUUCUCUGCUUCAGGAGAAGAAUGACCUGAGUCUGCACAUUCAAAAUGAAUGUGAGAGUCUGGCAGACGCAGUGGAGAGGUGUGAGGGUCUGAUAAAGAACAAGAUCGUGCUGGAGGCCAAAACCAAAGAACUGAGCGAGAGGCUGGAGGACGAGGAGGAGGUGAACGCCGAGCUGACCGCCAGGAGGAGGAAGCUGGAGGACGAGUGCUCCGAGCUGAAGAGGGACAUCGACGACUUGGAGCUCACGCUGGCUAAAGUGGAGAAGGAAAAACAUGCCACUGAAAACAAGGUGAAGAAUCUGACGGAGGAGAUGUCCACUCUGGACGACACCAUCAGCAAGUUGUCUAAAGAGAAGCAGGCCCUGCAGGAGGCUCACCAGCAGACUCUGGACGACCUGCAGGCCGAGGAGGACAAAGUCAACUCUCUGACUAAAGCUAAGAUUAAACUGGAGCAACAGGUGGACGAUCUCGAGGGCGCUCUGGAACAAGAGAAAAAGAUCCGGAUGGACAUCGAGAGAGGGAAACGAAAGCUCGAAGGAGAUCUGAAACUCACGCAGGAGUCCAUAAUGGAUCUGGAAAACGACAAACAGCAGCUGGAGGAACGCCUUAAAAAGAAGGACUUUGAAUUCAGCCAGCUCGUCAGCAAACUAGAGGACGAGCAGAGUGUGACGGUGCAGUCUCAGAAGAAGAUCAAGGAGCUUCAGGCUCGCAUUGAAGAGCUGGAGGAGGAGAUUGAGGUGGAGCGAGUCGCCCGGGCGAAAGUGGAGAAGCAGCGGUCUGAACUCUCCCGUGAGCUGGAGGAGAUCAGCGAGCGUCUGGAGGAGGCCGGAGGAGCGACCUCCACGCAGAUCGAGAUGAACAAGAAGAGAGAGGUCGAGUUUCAGAAACUGAGACGAGACCUGGAGGAGGCGACGCUCUACCAUGAGGCCACGACCGCCGCUCUGCGGAAGAAACACGCCGACAGCGUGGCCGAGCUCGGCGAGCAGAUCGACAACCUGCAGCGCGUCAAACAGAAGAUGGAGAAGGAGAAGAGCGAGUUCAAGAUGGAGGUCGACGAUCUGUCCGGAAACGUGGAGUGCACGGUCAAGUCAAAGAUUCAUUUUGAGAAACUGUGUCACGCUCUGGAAGAUCAGCUGAGUGAUUAUAGGACGAAACACGAUGAGAACACUCGUCUGAUCGCUGACGUCAACGCUCAGCGGGCCAGACUUCAGAAUGAAAACGGAGAGUUUUCUCGUCUUCUCGAGGAGAAGGAAGCGAUCCUCUCUCAGAUGUCGAGGGCCAAGUUGGCGUUCAGUCAGCAGGUCGAGGAGCUGAAGCGGCAGGUGGAAGAAGAGACAAAGGCGAAGAAUGCCCUGGCCCACGCCCUGCAGUCCGCCCGCCAUGACUGCGACCUGCUGAGGGAGCAGUUUGAGGAGGAGCAGGAGGCCAAGUCUGAUCUGCAGAGAGGGAUGUCCAAAGCUAACGGCGAGGUGGCCCAGUGGAGAACCAAAUACGAGACAGACGCCAUCCAACGCAACGAUGAACUGGAGGAGGCCAAGAAAAAACUUGCGCAGCGUCUGCAGGAGACGGAGGAGGCCAACGAGGCCGUGAACGCCAAGUGUUCGUCUCUGGAGAAGACGAAGCAGCGCCUGCAGGGCGAGGUGGAGGACCUCAUGACGGACGUGGAGAGAGCAAACGCUCAGGCCGCCAGUCUGGAUAAAAAACAGAGGACCUUUGAUAAGAUUCUGUCCGAGUGGAAGCAGAAGUACGAGGAGAGUCAGGCGGAGCUGGAAGGAUCUCAGAAAGAGUCUUGCUCCCUCAGCACCGAGCUCUUCAAAAUGAAGAACUCCUUCGAGGAAGCUCUGGAGCACCUCGAGGUCUUCAAACGAGAGAACAAAAACCUGCAGCAGGAAAUCUGUGAUCUGACUGAGCAGCUCGGAGAGAACGGCAAAGCCAUCCACGAGAUGGAGAAAACCAAGAAGCAAACCGAGACGGAGAAGACGGAGAUUCAAACGGCUCUGGAAGAAGCUGAGGCUUCUCUGGAGCACGAGGAGUCUAAGAUCCUGCGUGUGCAGCUGGAGCUGGCUCAGGUGAAAGGAGAGGUGGAGCGCCGGCUGUCUGAGAAAGACGAGGAGCUCGAGCAGAUGAAGCGAAACAACCAGCGCGUCGUGGAAACCAUGCAGUCGGCUUUAGACUCCGAGACUCGCUGCAAGAACGACGCCUUGAGGAUCAGGAAGAAGAUGGAGACCGACCUGAACGAGAUGGAGAUCCAGCUGAGCCACUCCAACCGGCAGGCUGCAGAGGCUCAGAAGCAGCUGAGGAACAUUCAGUCUCACCUCAAAGAACAAACCAUCCACCUGGACGAGGCUCUGCGCAGUCAGGAGGAGCUGAAGGAGCAGGUGGCCAUGGCGGAGAGGAGGUGCAGCCUGCUGCAGGCGGAGGUGGAGGAGCUGCGAGCGGCUCUGGAGCAGUCGGAGAGAAGCCGUAAAGUAGCUGAACAGGAGCUGACUGAAGCCUCUGAGAGAGUCGCUCUGCUGCACGCUCAGAACACGAGUCUCCUGAACGCGAAAAGGAAGCUGGAUGCAGACGUGAGCCAGCUGCAGGGAGAGAUGGACGACGCCGUCCAGGAGGCUCGAAACGCAGAGGAGAAGGCCAAGAAGGCCAUCACUGACGCGGCCAUGAUGGCAGAGGAGCUGAAGAAGGAGCAGGACACCAGCAGCCACCUGGAGAGGAUGAAGAAAAACCUGGAGGUGUCUGUGAAGGACCUGCAGCACCGCCUGGAUGAAGCUGAGAGCCUGGCUCUGAAGGGGGGCAAGAAGCAGCUCCAGAAGCUGGAGACUCGGGUGCGUGACCUGGAGGGGGAGCUGGAGAGCGAGCAGAAAAGAUCUUGUGAGGCGGUGAAGGGGAUCCGUAAAUACGAGAGGAGAGUGAAGGAGCUGACGUAUCGGACCGAGGAGGACAAGAAGACGGUUCUGAGGCUGCAGGAUUUAGUGGACAAGCUGCAGCUCAAAGUGAAGGCCUACAAACGACAGAACGAGGAAGCUGAGGAGCAGGCUAACACCCACCUCGCUAAGCUGAGGAAGGUGCAGCACGAGCUGGAGGAAGCUCAGGAGAGAGCAGACAUCGCUGAGUCUCAGAUCAACAAAAUGAGAACAAAGAGCCGAGAGUUUGGAAAGGCAGAAGACGGAGAGGAUGGACUUUUCUCAUCAUUGGGGGGUUUGUAG